AUGGGACAGUCUCUAACUACCCCCUUAAGCCUCACUCUACAGCACUGGAAGGAUACCCGAGACAUCGCUCAUAACCACUCUGUAGAGAUCCGGAAAAAAAAAUGGGACACCUUCUGCUCCUCAGAAUGGCCGACAUUUAAUGUCGGCUGGCCAGGAGAUGGCACCUUUAACCUAGACAUUAUUUUGCAGGUUAAGGCGAAAGUCAUGGAUUCAGGGCCACACGGCCACCCGGACCAGAUACCCUACAUUGUUACUUGGGAAGCCCUGGCCCGGGAACCACCCUCAUGGGUCAAGCCGUUUGUCACUCCCAGCCCCCCUGCUGUUCCCCCUGCAGUUCCCUCUGCCCCUGCCCUACCUCCUCCGUUGGUCCCCACACCCUCUAAGUCUGCCCUCUAUCCAGCUGUAACAAAGCAGGCCCAAGGACGUAAUCCAGGGGGCAAAAAGACGCCGACGCCCCCGGUACUGCCAACAGACGAUGGCUCCUUGUUGGAUCUGCUGACUGAAGAACCUCCCCCCUAUAGGGACCCAGACCCCGACCAAGAGCCGGGAGAAGCCGCCGCGGCCGGACCUCAGGAGGAACCAGCUCCUUCCCCGGUGGCAGGGCGAUUGAGAGGGCGCCGAGAGGCCCCUCUGGAUUCCACAUCUCAGGCUCUCCCAUUACGAGCGGGGCCUAACGGCCAGCUCCAAUACUGGCCUUUUUCCGCUUCGGAUCUAUAUAACUGGAAAAAUAAUAAUCCCCCUUUCUCUAGGGACCCUUCUAGACUCACCGCUUUAAUCGAGUCCAUUUUAGUAACCCACCAGCCCACCUGGGACGAUUGUCAGCAGCUGUUACAGGCCCUCCUAACCACCGAGGAAAAGCAACGAGUCCUUUUGGAAGCACGUAAGAACGUCCUGGGGGCUAACGGGCAGCCUACUCAGUUGCCAAACGAGAUCAACGAUGCCCUCCCCUUGGAGCGACCUGAAUGGGACUUCGCCACGGAGGACGGUAGGAAUCACUUACGUCUCUAUCGCCAGUUGCUGAUAGCGGGUCUCCAUGGGGCAGCAAAGCGCCCCACUAAUUUGGCUCAGGUUAAGUUAGUGACCCAAGGGUCAGAGGAGUCUCCCUCCGCCUUCCUAGAACGACUAAAGGAAGCCUAUCAUGUGUACACCCCCUAUGAUCCGGAGGACCCUAACCAGGCUACCAAUGUGGCCAUGUCCUUCAUCUGGCAGUCUGCCCCGGAUAUCAGAAAAAAAUUAAAAAGGCUUAAAAACUUAAGGGAAAGUACGAUCCAGGAUUUGCUAAAGGAGGCGGAGCGGAUUUUCAACAAGAGAGAGACUCAAAGAGAGAGACGAAAGGUUAAAAAGAGAGACAGAGGAAAAAAAAACGUUAGAGACCACAAGAGAAAUAGGGAAUUUAGCAAAUUGCUAGCCACUGUAGUGACAGGGCAGAGGCAGAAUAGACAGGACCUGGGAGACUGGAGGGGUCCUCGGAUAGAAAGAGAUCAAUGCGCCUACUGCAAGGGAAAAGGGCACUGGGUUCGAGACUGCCCAAAGAGACCAAAAGGGCCACGGAAGCCUAAGCCCCAGGCCACCCUGCUAAACCUGGAGGAUUAGGGGAGUCGGGGUCAGGAGCCUCCCCCUGAACCCAGGAUAACCCUUAAUGUGGGGGGGCAACCCGUCACCUUCCUGGUGGACACCGGAGCCCAACAUUCGGUGCUCACUACCACACCGGGACCCCUGACUGACAAAUCGGCGUGGGUUCAAGGAGCCACCGGAGGGAAAAGAUACCGUUGGACAACUGAAAGAAGAGUACAACUCGCCACCGGUAAGGUGACUCACUCUUUUUUACACGUUCCUGAUUGCCCUUAUCCUCUGUUGGGGAGAGAUCUAUUAAUGAAACUUAGGGCACAAAUCCACUUUGAAGGGACUAAGGCCCACAUUACUGGGCCUCAGGGACAGCCUUUACAUGUGUUAACCAUAGAUCUGGAGGACGAAUACCGGCUUCACGAACCUGAAAGGCCUCGGCCACAAAAAAUAACUGAUUGGUUAAAAAAAUUCCCUUUAACCUGGGCGGAAACAGGGGGAGUGGGUCUCGCAACCCACCAACCGCCCCUGGUAAUCACUCUAAAGGCAUCGGCAACUCCUGUUUCCAUUAAGCAAUACCCGAUGUCGCAUGAAGCUUACCAAGGAAUUAGGCCCCACAUUCGGAGGCUUUUAAAUCAGGGCAUCCUGGUGCCUUGUCAAUCCCCCUGGAAUACGCCUCUCCUUCCGGUCAAAAAGCCAGGGACAAGAGACUACCGCCCAGUGCAGGACUUGAGAGAAGUCAAUAAAAGGGUAGAGGAUAUACACCCUACAGUUCCUAACCCGUACAAUUUGUUGACUGGGCUUCCUCCGACGUACACCUGGUAUUCGGUAUUAGACCUUAAGGAUGCAUUCUUUUGCUUGAGGCUCCACCCUCAGAGUCAGCCUAUCUUUGCCUUCGAGUGGAAGGACCCAGAAUUGGGAGUAUCGGGUCAGCUCACUUGGACUAGACUCCCACAGGGGUUCAAAAACAGCCCCACCCUAUUUGACGAGGCGUUGCACCGGGACCUGGCCGAUUUUAGAAUUCACUACCCUGCUUUAAUCUUGCUCCAAUAUGUUGAUGACCUCCUCCUGGCUGCGGAAACUGAGGAAAAAUGUCAGGAGGGAACAAAGGCCCUCUUGAGGACUUUAGGAACUCUAGGAUACCGGGCCUCAGCCAAAAAGGCCCAAUUAUGCCAGAGGCGGGUUACAUACCUGGGUUACCAAAUCAGAGAUGGACAAAGAUGGUUGACAGGGGCGCGAAAACAGACAAUCCUAAAAAUUCCGGUGCCCAAAAGCCCGAAACAACUAAGAGAGUUCCUGGGUACGGCGGGGUUCUGUCGCCUCUGAAUUCCAGGGUUCGCAGAAAUGGCUGCGCCACUUUACCCACUCACCAAGCAAGGGACUCUCUUUACGUGGGGAGAUGAGCAGCAGAGAGCCUAUGCAGCCAUAAAAGAGGCCCUGCUAACCUCCCCCGCGUUGGGGCUUCCGGACUUAAACAAGCCCUUUGAGCUGUUUGUAGACGAAAAACAGGGAUAUGCUAAAGGAGUCCUGGCUCAAAAACUGGGACCAUGGAGGCGUCCGAUAGCCUACCUGUCCAAGAAACUUGACCCGGUAGCCUCGGGAUGGCCACCCUGUCUGAGGAUGGUGGCAGCAAUUGCCCUCUUAAUUAAAGACUCUGGCAAGCUGACUAUGGGACAGCCAAUAACAAUUUUGGCUCCUCAUGCAGUGGAAGCCCUGGUCAAACAACCUCCGGGCCGAUGGCUUUCCAAUGCCCGCAUGACCCACUACCAGGCCCUACUACUGGACACUGAUCGAGUAUACUUUGGCCCUAUAGUAGCUCUCAAUCCGGCAUCACUGCUUCCCCUACUGGAGGGUCCAGAAACUCAUGACUGCCUCCAGAUACUUGCAGAGGUACAUGGCACCCGACCCGACCUGACCGACCAGCCCCUCCCCGACGCCGACUUCACCUGGUACACCGACGGGAGCAGCUUUCUGGACAACGGAGAGCGGAAAGCGGGGGCCGCGGUCACCACCGAGACUGAGGUAAUUUGGGCUAAGGCCCUACCACCUGGCACUUCGGCACAGCGGGCUGAGCUCGUCGCCCUAACUCAGGCCCUCUGGAUGGCAGAAGGUAAGAAGCUCAAUGUUUAUACCGAUAGCCACUAUGCCUUUGCCACUGCUCACAUCCAUGGGGAAAUAUAUCGGAGAAGAGGGUUGCUUACCUCGGAAGGAAAACAGAUCAAAAAUAAAGCUGAAAUAUUGGCCCUGCUUAAAGCUUUGUUUUUACCCUCAAAACUGAGUAUCAUCCAUUGCCCCGGCCACCAAAAGGGAGACAGCCGAGAAGCCAGGGACAACUGCUUGGCGGACGCAACUGCCCGAGAAGCGGCGAGACAAGAAAGCUCAGAUACCUCCCAGCUCCUGGCUAUAGAACCGGCCGAGGCAGAGGUCCCCUCCAUUCAGGAACCCCCCUUCCACUAUAGUGAGGAAGAUCGGGACCUCCUAAAAGAAAUGGGGGCCACUUACAAUCCCACGCUAAGACUCUGGACUUUCAAAGAAAAACCUGUGUGGCCCCUGCAACAGACUCGUAACCUGAUUAAAUACCUCCACAGACUGACUCACCUUAGCUCCAGAAAAAUGAAAACCCUCCUAGAAAGGGAGGAAAGCUCCCACUAUUUGCUGGGGAGGGAUAAAAUUCUACAGCAAGUGGCUAAAGAGUGCACAGCAUGCGCCCAAGUAAAUGCAGGACGCCAUAGGGUAGGCCCAGGGACCAGGAUCCGGGGACAUCGCCCCGGCACCCACUGGGAGAUUGACUUCACAGAGGUAAAACCUGGACUCUAUGGAUAUCGGUUCUUGCUGGUAUUUGUGGACACCUUCUCGGGAUGGGUAGAAGCCUACCCCACCAAACAUGAAACUGCCAAAGUAGUCGCCAAAACUUCUGGAAGAAAUCUUCCCCAGGUAUGGCAUGCCCCAGGCGUUGGGCUCUGACAAUGGCCCUGCCUUCGUCUCCCAGCCCAUUUGCAGGCACUGCAGAUUGUCCAGAAAGAAGUCUGGGAACCCAUCGCCGCUGC